ACUUCUGGUGCUUCCCCCCUUAUCCGGCCAUCCCCUCCGGAACCUCCCCGCCGCAUUUCGUCCCCAUGGUGGCGCCCUCCUCCCUCUCGCCGUCGGUCCCCGCGCACCCGCUCGCCCCCGUCCACCACCCCCGCUUUCUCCGUCCCACGCAUCCCGCCAGGAAGCCCAUCUCCCGGUCCCUCGCCGUCCGCUGCGCCGCCACAGCCGAGGCGGGGCGCCCGGGCCCCCCGCCGCUCCCGCCGCCGAGGCUGGUCCGCUGCCCGGCUCUCGACCGCCAGGCGGCGCGCGCCAGCCGCCUCCGCUUCGCGCGCAAGCUCCUCACCCUCCUCCUCUCCAAGCCGCGCCAUUUCCUCCCGCUCCGCGUGCUCGGCCGCUGCCGCCGCUUCCUCGGCCUCCCGCGCCGCGGCCGCCCGCUCAUCCCCAUGGUCCUCCGCUACCCGACCCUCUUCCGUCUCUUCCAGGCGCCCACCUCGCUCCCGCUCUCACCGUCCCUCUCCACCCUCGCCGUCGGGCUCACCCCCGCCGCCGAGGCGCUCGCCGCCGACCUCACCGCGCUCCGCGCCACAAGCGCCGGAGCGGACGUGCUCGCGGACAAGCUCCACCGGAUCCUCCUCAUGACCCCGCGCCGGAGCAUUCCGGUGAACAGGCUCGCCCACAUCGCCCCCGACCUCGGCCUCGCCAUGGACUUCCGCGCCACGCUCUGUCCCCGCCACCCCGACCUCUUUGCCCUCGUGCACACCUCAUAUGGCCAUGCGCUCCAGCUCGCAGACCCUCCGCCGCCACCUCCACUGCCGCUCCCGCAUCUUCGCCGUGCUUCCACACCCGACCGCCUCAUUGACCGGCCACGAAGAUUUCCCCACCUCCCGCUCCGCCGGGGACUCAACCUCCGCCGCGCGCACCGGGACUACCUGUUGCGAUUCCAUAGCCUUCCUGAGAUAUCCCCGUUCGAGCCUCUUGAUGAGGGCACCAGUCUUGAGACGUUGGAGCGGCGGGCCUGCGCUGUGGUGAGGGAGGUGCUGGCGAUGACAGUGGAGAAGCGGACACUGGUGGACAACCUCACGCACUUCAGGAAAGACUUUGGGUUGCCAAACCGGCUGCGUGCUUUGCUGGUGCGACAUCCGGAGAUGUUCUACGUCAGUGUGAAGGGGGUGCGACACUCGGUGUUCCUUGUGGAGGCAUUUGAUGAUGAUGGGAGGCUUCUAGUGGAGGAUGAGAUGCUGGUUGGGAGGGAUAGGCUGGAGGAGCUUGUACGGGAGGGAAAGCGGAUGAGACGUGCUAGGAAGAAAGGCGUUCUCACGUUUGAUAGUGACAGUGAUGAGGAUGAAGAUGAAAAACAGGUGGAAGAUGAGGGUUUGUUAGAUGUGGAUGAUGAGUUUGGGGACUUGUUUGAGGAUGGUAUCAUUGGGGACGAUUGGGAGCAGGUGGGCAAUGGCAGUGGAAUUGAGGGGAAUGAAGAACACGACACUGAAUCAGAUGCGAUGGAGGAGUUUUGGAUGAAAAAAGCUGUGGAAGAAGGGUUAGUUGACAGUAGAAAUGAGCACGAUGUUUGGUGAGGUAUAUCAAAUCCUGAGGGUUUACUCAGGAUGCUAAUGAGGACCCAAAUUUGCUCCUCAUCAUGUGUUAACUAGAAGAAGUAGCAACUAGCCUGGUACCAUGGACCUCCUGUUCCCAUGUUCUUUGCAUCACUGGGAUGGUGUCAUUGGGGAUAAUUGGGAGGUGAUGGAAUUGAGGCAGACGAUUAGUAUGAUGCUGAAUUGGAUGUGAUGGAUAAGUUUUGGGUCAAGAAAGCUAUGGCUCAAGGACUGGUUGAUUAUGGCAAUGAGCAGGAUGUUUGGUGAGGUGUAUCAGCUUGCGACACUGCUCAAUAUGUUAACAUGGACUGAGAAUUUGUGAAAUAUGCCUUCUCAGAAAUGUAGAUAAACCUGAAGAAGCAUCAGUACAUAACUUGGUACCUUGGACCUCUUUGUCCCAUUUUCUGCCUGUUGCUAGGUGCUGUAUGUUGCAUGUACCGUUAUCUCGGAAGCUCAGAUGCUAACUUCGGCCUGUAUACAUUGGUGCUUUGUGAAUAUGAAGAUGCAAAUGCUAUUUUUGGUCUAUAUAUGUUAGCAAUCAGUGAGGAUAGCAUGGACAGGGUUCAGAUGUGAGUUUUGGAGUAUGGGAACUAACAUCUGCACCAUUUCCUUUCAUAGGUUGGUUUAUAGCAGAUCUUGAAUUUUUUAUGAUAUCUGUAUGGUGUUUUACGGUUAUUAGCGUCCUCCAAACGGAUGCUUGGAUGAAGGAUUUUGUUCUCGCGGUAACCCAUUUAAGACAACGCAUGGGUUUAUGUCUUCGUAGAAACAUGGACCCUGGUAACAUGUCAAGAAAUUCUGAAGAUCCUUUUUGGCACGGCAUUAUUUCUGCAAACAA